AUGCCUCAACCACUGGCGCCGAAGGAAGCGGCGCAGUUCCGGACCAUCAUCCGCAGCUUCGAGGACAAGCAGUACAAGCGAGGCCUCAAGACGGCCGAUCUGAUCCUCAAGAAGCACCCCAAGCAUGGCGACACCAUGGCCAUGAAGGCCCUGAUCCUCAACAGCCAGGGCAAGUCCGAUGAGGCCUUCCCGCUCGCAAAGGAGGCCCUGACGGUGGACAUGAAGUCCCACAUCUGCUGGCACGUCUACGGCCUGCUCUACCGAUCGGUCAAGAACUUUGAGGAGGCGAUCAAGGCAUACAAGUUUGCGCUCAAGCUCGAUCCCAGCUCUGCCCAGAUCCAGCGGGAUCUGGCCAUUCUCCAGGUGCACGUUCGUGACUACCAGGGUUACAUCCAGAGCCGGACGGCUAUGCUCCAGGCGAGGCCGCAGCUGCGGUCCAGCUGGACGGCAUUGGCGAUUGCGCACCAUCUGGCUGGAAACCUUGCCGAGGCAGAAAACGUCCUCACCACAUACGAGGGCACCCUCAAAUCGCCGCCCUCCCGAUACGACAUUGAGCAUUCCGAGGCGGUCAUGUACAAGAACUCCAUCAUUGCCGAGCAGGGCGACUACCAGCGGGCCCUGGACCAUCUGGAGACGGCCGCGAAGCACAACCUGGAUCGCCUGGCGGUGCUGGAGUGCCGCGCCGAUUACCUGCUCAAGCUGGGACGAAAGGAAGAGGCUGCCAAGGUCUACCGACUCCUCCUCGACCGCAACUCGGAGCACACCCUGUAUUACGAGAAGCUGGAAGAGGCCCUGGAGAUUCCUGCCGAUGAUGCGGCUGCACGAAAGGCCAUUUACGAUGAGUAUGCUGCCAAGUUUCCUCGCUGCGACAUUGCUCGACGAGCCCCUCUCGAUUUCCUCAGCGGCGACGAGUUCCGGCAGGUCGCGGAAUCGUACCUAACGCUCAUGCUCAACAAGGGAGUUCCGUCUCUGUUUGCCAACCUAAAGCACCUGUACUCCGACUCGUUCAAGAAGGAUACUCUGAGGGAGAUUGCCGAGAAGUACAUCACGUCACAGGACAUCGACUCGGAGAGCAAGGACAAGGGAGAGGCCGCUGCGCUCUACUACCUGGCCCAGCACUACAACUACCACAUGAGCCGCGAUCUGGCAAAGGCCCACGAGUAUGUCGACCGGGCCAUCGAGAAGGACCCCAAGAGCGUCGAUUUCCACAUGACCAAGGCCAGGAUACUGAAGCACGAGGGCAACAUCAAGGCGGCCGCAGAGAUGAUGAACACGGCGCGAAAGCUCGACCUGAAGGACCGAUACAUCAACAGCAAGUGUGCCAAGUACCAGCUGCGGAAUAACGAGAACGAGAAGGCGCUCAAGACGGUUGGCCUCUUUACGCGAGCGGAAACCGUCGGCGGCCCCCUUGCGGACCUGCUCGAAAUGCAGUGCAUCUGGUUCUUGACGGAGGAUGGAGAGGCCUAUGCCAGGCAGGGCAACACCGGCCUUGCACUGAAGCGAUUCCAUGCCCUGAACAACAUCUUUGACGUCUGGCAGGAUGACCAGUUUGACUUCCACAGCUUCUCGCUGAGAAAGGGUCAGAUCCGAGCCUACAUCGACAUGGUCCGUUGGGAGGAUCACUUCCGGGACCACCCAGUCUACACCAGGGUGGCUCUCGACGCGGUCAAUCUCUACCUGAAGAUGGCGGAGAAGCCUUCCGCCAACGGAACCAAUGGAGUGAGCGAAGAAGACGCCCUGGAGAAGAAGAAGGCGGCCAAGAAGGCGAGAAAGGAGCAGCAGCGUCUUGAGCGCGAGGAGGCAGAGAGGCAGGCCAAGCAGGAUCCAAACAAGGGUGGCCAGGCAGGCGACGCGAAGAAGAAGGACGAGGACCCUCUGGGCUUGACACUGGCGGCAACGACAGAUCCCUUGGGUGAGGCUAUGAAGUUCUUGGGACCGAUGCUGCAGUCGAGCCCGAAGAGCAUCGAGGCGCAGAUUGCCGGCUUCGAGGUCUACAUGCGCCGAGAAAAAUAUGUCCUCGCACUCCAGUGCCUGAACCGAGCCCUGGGCAUCGACGCCGAGAAUCCGAGAGUGCACGAGCAGGUCGUAGCCUUCCGAAAGCUGCUCGACAACCCCCCGUCAGACCUCCCGCCCAAAGUUGUCGAGACCUUGAAGGCGGAAUUCAAGCCUUCCGAGGAGACGGCGGACCUGAGCAAGUUCAACGAGGCCUUCCAGGCAAAGCACCAGGACAGUCCCCUCCAUGUGCUUUCCGCCAUCAAGGCCAAGCUCCAGCUGGGUGUUGACUUGGCAAAGUGCGAGAAGGAGGUUGCUGGCCUUGUCGAUCAUGCCAAUGCGACGUUUUCCCAUGCCGUAGCCGCUCUGGAGACCCUCAAGUCGUGGAGAAGCGCAGAAGUCAAUGCGUUUAGGCAGGCAGCAUUGGCCAAGUGGCCCAAUGUUACAAGGCUUUCCGAGUAG